CUCGAACUUGAGAGCUGAGGUAAUCGCAAGGCAAAGUUUCUUCCACAGUAAAAGUCACCUGGAGAUUUACAUGAAGGCGAUCACUAUCCUAGAUCUUGUAACUCUAUGAAUCAGUGACAGUGCAGCUCCGCCUUAGAUGAUAUAAACCUUGGUUUAUCAAUUGAUGAUUUCCACGAGCUUCCCUAUUUGCCUCGCUUGUAAUGGCAAAGCUCACUGGGGCGUGUCUUCCAUGAUGUAGUGAUUAUGAUUGGCUGUUACUUAAGGGGACUCUUCCAUUAGUUCUUGGGGAGGUUCAACAGCAGUGGCAAAAGACAUUCACCAUGUCAUUUCUGCAAGGAACAUCUCGCAUUAACUUUGAAUAUGACCUUAAUCCCUAUGAGAGCUUUAUGAGAAAUCACCUCAAGCACUAUGGCUAUUACACAGGUCGCAAUGAGAAUUACCGGACUCCCAACAAGGCCUUGAAUGCAUGGGACCGUGGCAACGGUUACGAGCUGAGUGAUGGGGCGUCCGAUACCGAAUACGAGAACCAAGCCCUUAAAGAUGACGACAAAAAUGACCUGGAUAACUCGGCAGACAGGCAGAAGCGCACUACUCAACUCAUUUUCAACUACAGUGCUGGCAAGAUGGUUCCAAAGCUUCGCGAACCUCGGAAUCUGUAUGCUCUCUCAAAGGAUCCAGGACCUCAACAGGCUCCUAGGUGGCCUGCAGAUGUCGAAGUUCUACGUGAAACUGUUCAACACAUCGAUGAUAUACCCUCAGAGAGUGAGCCGUUCUACCAACCAAGUGGUUUUGAGAAGACACCGAUGCCGUUACCCGAAGGAGAAGGAAGAGUCGUCUACCACCACCCUCUUACCCAUGAAGAAUAUUUCCUACGAUCUCGUGUCGGGGGUAAUAGGAAUGGUCCUAUACCAAGAGCUGCUAAGCUGAAGUCGUCCGAAGACACUACUUUGAUCUUUGAAUCCCGGUUUGAGAGUGGCAACCUAAUGAAAGCAAUUCAAGUGUCUGAGUUUGAGUAUGAAUUAGAGUUGAGAUAUGAUCUCUACACACAUAAACAUACUCAGUGGUUCUACUUCAGAUUCGGCAAUACAAGACGUAACGUUCGCUAUCGGUUCACCAUCACUAACUUCAUGAAGUCUGGUAGUUUAUACAACAGCGGCAUGAGACCGUUGAUGUAUUCAGAAUGCAAUGCUCAAACCAAGGGAAUAGGCUGGAGAAGAGUGGGUGAUGAUAUCAAAUAUUACAAAAAUGACGUCAGGCUGAAAAAUGUCAAGAGAAGGAGGAAAGAUGUGAAAGGCGAUAGGAACUUCUACUAUUCCCUGACAUGGACGUUUACUGUUCCACACGAUAAUGAUACAUGCUACUUUGCCCAUUGCUAUCCAUACACAUACUCAGACUUACAGGAUUACCUUCAGAAUCUUACCAAUGAUCGAGUCCGUAGCAAAUACUGUAAGCAGAGGAUCCUAUGUAGAUCAUUAGCAGGCAAUGUGGUCUAUGUUCUCACCAUCACAUCACCAUCUCUCAAUCCUGAUGAUGCCAAGGUGAAGAAAGCAGUGGUGGUGACAUCUCGUGUUCAUCCUGGCGAGACGAACGCCAGCUGGAUGAUGAAAGGAUUCUUAGACUACCUCACCAGUGAGAUGCCAGAUGCAAAGCUGCUGCGUGAUCUGUUUGUCUUCAAGAUAGUGCCAAUGUUGAAUCCCGACGGUGUGAUCGUCGGAAACUACCGAUGCUCUCUCGCAGGGAGAGAUCUUAACAGGAACUACAAGACGAUACUCAAAGACUCGUUCCCAUCGGUUACACACACCAAGGCUAUGGUCAAAAAGUUAAUGGAAGAGAGAGAAGUAAUAGUUUACUGCGACCUCCACGGUCACAGUAGGAAGCAGAACGUCUUCAUCUACGGCUGUGACAAUAAGAAGAAUCCAGAUCUUCGACUGAAAGAAAGAAUCUUUCCCAUCAUCCUCUACAACAAUGCUGGAGAAAAGUUCAACUACAACAACUGUAAGUUCAAGGUCCAGAAGAGCAAAGAAGGAACAGGACGUGUGGUUGUCUGGCAGAUGGGUAUUAUGAACAGUUACACCAUGGAGGCCUCAUUCUGUGGCUCUACGGCCGGUGACAAGAGACUCACUCAUUUCACAACGGAAGACUUUGAAGCUAUGGGAUACCAUUUCUGUGAUUCACUACUAGACUAUUGUGAUCCUGAUAAAUCUAAGUGCAAUACAAUCCUUUCUGACUUGGAGGAGAAGCUAAGGCAGGAGAUCUUGGCUCAUCUGGAGAGGACGGGAACACCCCUCCCUCAAAACGGGUUCAUCGAUCUCUCGGCUGAAUAUCCGUCAGGUUUAGAAUCCAGUACAACUGGUUCAGACAGUUCAGCUGAUGACGGCCUACCUGUUCAUCUCAUCGCCCUAGCACCUAAGCUGAGCAAGAAGAAGAAAUUAAAAACGAGGAAGGAACGGGACAAGAAGAGACAAAACUCGGAGAAGAACAAAGAGAAAGAUAAAGAGAAAGAGAAAUCGGGAAGCGCUUCGAGCAAUCAUCAAGGAGAUACAAACAAGGAGAGUGAGGCGGAGAAGAAAUCAGCCGCAGCGAAGGAGAAGAAAGAAAAGGAAAAGCUUCGCUAUCGCCAUGGAGACAGAUCUUCCCUUCACUCGGCCGGUCGUGGAGGGCGCCAGACGCUUUGCAGACAGGAGUCUGGAAACCUGUACUCGCAGGAUAAGAAUGAUGUCAAGAAUUUGAAAAAGACUGAGUACCUAGAGGCCUUGACCAAUGCCUACCUGAUGAGUGGAAUACUGAAGCCAGCUCCGGAAGAGACGGCCUCGCUGCGCUAUUCUACAGGAAGCCACGGUCUAGGUGCCCAAGGAUUGCAGUUAGGUCAAGUCGAAGGGCUCUGUCCGCAUCAUGAGAAAGCUUUUGCUGAACAAUUCGUGGCCAACCAACUAGCUGGUCUUUCCUUUGCAGAUGAUAAAUACAACUGGAGCCAUACUGCAGUGGAGACGCGGCGUCCCGUCGAGGCGGCUACCUCCUACCACUCUGCUCCGCCCCGGGAGCGCCACGCCCCAGCCACGCCCUCAGACCCAAUCCAACUCAUCUCCACCACGGCUGCCCAUGGGCAUCCCGUCCGUGCUAGCAGCGCUCGUAGGACACCUACCAGGCUUGCUGGGAGCAGGAGGGUGUCGUCGCCCUCUAAGACGAUUGUAUCCCCGGCCGACGGGGUAGUAGAGGCCACUGGAGACUUCAAGAAACUAGGCUCAGAGUUUGUAAAGAGGGGAGUAUCAUCCGAAGCAUUAUCUCUGCGCUCCAACGGUUGCGCAACAUCUACUACCUACUCGGUUAAGGAGACGAAUAAAUCCAUGGAGGCAUCAAGACAGCCCCCACCAACGUUAGUACGUCAUGGUGGCAACGUCCCUUCUGUAGCACCCGACAGACCGCCCUCUAGAGGCGGUCAGAGGCCAAGCAAUGCCAUGACGCCAGCAGGCUACCAAGAACUUCUCACACGCAAAGGAGCUAAGUCAGAGGUCAGAGCUACCCAGGGGAUUCCGCUCCAACUGUCUGUCGUCAUGGGAACCACACACUCCACCCCUAGUCCGAACAGUGACGGGGCUGACCCCACUGGGGCCCAGCAAGGCCAAGCGCAAAUCAUCGCCAACCCCGGUUCAUCUAUCACCCCAGUCAAGAAAGCUGAACCCUUCUUCAUGGCUAGUGAAGUACUAACACAGCCCCAACUGAAAGGACAUAUCAAGGAUUCCCUAGAAAACGCCCCUAGUGAGAGUGCAUUCAUGUCUCCUAGCUCCCAGAACUGGCCCAAGACUUCCCCUCAGGCUAAGAACCAUAACUGCACCACGGAAGCCACGCCUAUCUCAGACCCUGCCCUCUACGCCAAGCAGAACAUCACUCCUAGCUCUCACCACUUUAAGAAAGCCCAGGACUUCUACGGUGGACGAAGCUCGCCUUCUCCUUCACAGCCAGAGCGCCAUCCGAGUCCCGUCAGCAUGGGUUCGGCCGCGAGACUCCAGGCAAAAUACGGAAGGAAGAGCGCAUCUGCAGUCCAUUCUGGGGAAACUCAGAGGAGCUACCGAGGAUCCUUGAAACCGGCAAGCCGUAGUGUGGAUCCUAACAACAACAAUAGCAACACAGGGAUGAGCACUAGCACGGAUGAUGCAGGUAGCAACGGUAUCCAGUCGACCUCUGAAGACAUCGGUGAUGAUGGUAAGGCACUCCUACCUGAUCAAACCAGCUCUGAUUCUAGAUCAGAAAGGAUUGAUGGGGAUUAUUACUACUCUGAAGGAAUUCCUUCAAAUGCCAUUGAAGCAGAUGGGGUGCAACGCAACAAAGGCCUCACCAUGAACUCGUCAGUUGAAACAAAACUUGAUAUUGCCUCUAGGGAUAUCAAUGCUAACGGACAGAAAGUGACGGCAGGGCAGGAGAGGGACUACGCCAAGGGAACCAUCAGCACACAUGCUCGGCGAUUAGACAAGAAGGCCGAGCUCAAACACUUGGAAAAAUCUUUAGAGAAGGAUAUUGGUUUCACCAACUCUCCUGAUGAUGUUCCGUCUGAGGGUGACCUACGAGUUGCUAGUAAUGCAUCAACACAUCUCAACAAACAGUCUUAUAAGGUUACUCUGUCACAAAGUGCCACUGCCCCUGGUCACACUCACCCAACACAGGGAUAUUCACAAAUCACCCCUCGUUCUAGAAUGGACUCUACCAGUCCCUUGCAGAGAUCACCAAGACUGCUGGACCGCUCCACUAUCCAGAGGGGUGUGGAUGGUUCACUGCAUGUGAGGAAACCUACUCCAAGAGAAAGGGUCAAGAGUGGUUUAGCCACAGCACAAGAUUUACAAGACCUUGGCAAUGGUGACGUCUCUGAGCUUGAUGUCCUGAUAUCCAUGGAUGACAAUCCUUACAGGGUUACGCUUGAACAAACUCCAGAUACCCUCAUCAAAGAAACCAGCCCACAACCCUCUGCUAGAGUCACCAAACCAGUGACCUCUGGGAUUUACGCCCCUCACUCUCCUCGCGGUCGGGUUACAGAUCCUAAACGUCCGCUCUCCUCGAAGCGUCAGGAUGGGAGCAGCCCUCGUCAGCCUGAUGCCCAUUCUGACAACCGAGGUGAUCCUCAUGCCCUUCAGUACUUCUCUGUGUCCAAGUUGUCUCUUCAGAACCGUGCCUUCGAGAAGAGUCCUCAGCCAACACCAAGAUCAGCCAGUAGUAACCCCCAUGAUGGUGCAGUUGUGUCAGAUCAUCCACAUGGGACCAGACCAGGUGCUCAUAGACCGAAGACACAGAACAGUAACAAGACUACAGCAACGGGUGGACGAGGAGGAAAGGGAAAGAGAUCCCCCCGUCCACAGCCUCAGAAGGGACAGGAUUCACCCCAUGUGGUUGUCACUCAAGGAGGCUUCAUGGGACACCGGACACAGCCAGGACAUCUCAAAGUACACUAUUCCAAGAAGAAAUGAGAUCCAGUGGGAUUGGGAACAGCCAGGGCAUUUCAAAGGAGAAUAUUUCAGGAAGGAAUGAGAUUCAGUAGCAGUGUGGCUUUCAAGGAGGUGUCAUGGGACAUCGGACUCAGUCAGGGCAUCUCAAAGGACAGUAGUCCAGAAAGAAGUGGUAUCUGAUAGCAUUUAUGGAUUCAAGAAGGUGUCAUGGGGCAUCGGACUCAGUGAGGGCAUCUGAAAGGACAGUAUUCCAGGUGGAUGUUUCAUAAAGUUGUUUGUAAAGUUAUGAAUGACUUUACGCACGACUGGAACAUGUUCUUAGGUCAUAGCUCAAUUACAUAAGGAGAUCACAUAGUUCAACAAAGGAUCACCAGUCGUGCAUAAAGUCAUUCGUAUCUUACGAACAGCUUUAUGAAACACCCACCUGGAAGGAAUGUGAUAACAGUAACAGUGUGGCAUUCUUGGAGGUUAAGUUUUCAUGGGACACCAGACCCAGCCAGGCAAAGGACAGUAUUCCCAGAAGAAAUGAGACAGACAGAGGGGCACAGCAACAUAAAGAGAAACAAGGGGGUGGCAGUGAUCUACUUGGCUUCAUAGGACACCUAGUUAAGUGCCUAGCAAGUACAUAUGAAUAUUCAAACAGCCUAUGAUGUAGUUUGUGCCCUCAUUUCAUAUAAGUGGUACUUUUGAAGGACCUUUGAGAGACAAAACAUUGUCAAGGUCUUACAGCAGUCUCCAAGAUCACUGAAAUUUUUCAAAGAAUUCUGAAAGACUGAUUGAUACUUCUUGUCUUACUGGGCAUAGACUAGUCCUAUAGAGAUCUUUCAGUCAUCUUUCAGAGAUCUUUUAUGCAACAAGUGAUCUUUCAUAAUUCUUUCCAUGGACUUUUCCUGGUCUUUCAGUGAUCUUUUAAUGAACUCUCAUGAGUCUUUCAGCGAUCUCCGCAAGUCUUGAGAGACUGUCAAAAGAUCUUGGAAAGACUAAUAAGAACUUUGAGAGUUCAUCAGGAUAGACUGCUGAAAGACCUUCAAAAGACCAUUUUCCCAAAAGACCGCUGAAAGACUGUUUUGAACAGUUUUGAAAGGUUUUGGAGAUCAUGGAGACCACAAAGACCACUGAAAGAUAAAUCGGGGGGCGUUUCAUGAAACGACUUGUCAGACAUUUUAUCCGACAAGUCCCAUUU